GGAGGUCCCCGAGCGGGGCAGGGGCGCGCCGGGGCCCCGGGGCCGGCAGCCGCGCCGCUCGCCCGGGAGGCGCUUGACCGCGCUUGAUGCGAGAAGGAGCCUCUCCCCGGCGAGCGGCGGCGGGGGGCGACCGCCCGCCCGCCCUCCGGUGCCCGGCGUUGCCUGAAGAGCCGCGGCGGCACCGGGGAGUGACUCGGCGGGGGGGGGGGGGGGGGAGGAGAGAGGAGGAAAAGAAAUCAGAUUGCCGAAGGGAUUAGGAAGAGGGGGUGGAGAGGCGAAACCCUCUUCCCCCCCCCCCGGCCCCCCUCCUUCCCUGCGCACACUUGUGAAGCUUUUCAGAGUUAUCCUUCAGCAUCAGUGGCACCGGCAGGCGAGCCCGGGGGAGCAGCGACACCGCAACGUGCUCGGCAAACUGCAACAGAGAUCAGAGGGAGCGGAGCGGCCCGGGCCGGCGGCCCCUGCCCCGGCCCCUGCCCGCACCCGCGGGGGACUGCACUUCCCGUCUGCGAUAUUUUAUAUAUUAUUCUUUUUAAAAAAUUUUCCCCUGUUCCUCUCGCUUUCUCGAGGAAGGACGAGUUUUGUAGCAUUGCGGGCGGGCGUGCUGCCCCGGGCGUGCGAGGUGGGGCGAGAGGGAGGGAGAGAUGCCUCUGAUUAGAGGGAGAGUCGUGCUCGUCCUCGGCUUCGUCUUUCUGACAACUUUCCUGGCUGCGGCGAGGGGGCUGCCCGUGAGGAAACAGCCCAACAACAGCCCGAAGGAGAGGAGCUCCAAGCUGGCGGAGGUCUCUGCCUCUUCCGACCCCCGUUCGGCGGGGGACGAGGAGCUGCCGCCGUCGGGCAAGGCACGGGGGCUGAGGCGGAGCGGGCAGGCUGGCCCACGGCGGCAGAGGCGCCGCGGGGUAGCCCAGCAGGCUGCCAGGAGCCCGGCGGUGCCCCCACCCCGCGGCGCUGGCCGGGAGGAGAGCCUGCCCUUCGUGCUGGACCUGCAGAGCUUGCCGGGGCUGGCCGACGUAGACCUGAGCGCCCAGAACCCCAACAUCCAGGUGACCAUCGAAGUGGUGGAUGAUCCUCAGGCCGAGAUGGAGAUGGACUUGUUGAAGGAGACAAGCAAUGACUGGUCCCUGAUGUCCUCUGAGUGGUUAUCCCACAAGGACCUCUUCUGGCCUCUCUUCUGGGAAUACACUGACCCCGCUGAGGAUGAAGAGGAGGAGGAAGAGGAGGAGGAGGAAGAGGAUGACAAUUUGGAUGUAGGGGACAGAGAAGAGGAAGAGGAGGAAGAGGAGGAGGAGGAGGAGGAGGAGGAAGAUUACACAGCAGAGUAUGAGGAGGAGGAGUCCAUGCUCAGUGGAGUGGGAGGUGACUGGGACCAGCGGUGGCCUGGGCAGAAGAACUGGAUCUUUAAGGAAAAAUAUAAUUAUGACUAUGAAGAUGAGGAGGAGUGGAGCCCGUGGUCCCCUUGCAGCAUCACCUGUGGCAGUGGCAACCAGAAGAGGACGCGGUCCUGUGGCUACGCCUGCACAGCAACGGAGUCGAGGACCUGUGACAUGCCACGCUGCCCUGGAGCAGAGGGGGAAAUGGUCUUCCCCACAGAGGAGACGCCUUUCAGAAGUGACAACACCACAGAGCUGUUCAACUCAGAGGUGGACAGCUGUGAGAAGUGGCUGAACUGCAAGAGCGACUUCCUCACCAAGUACCUGAGCAAGGUGCUGACAGACCUGCCCAGCUGCCCCUGCUCCUACCCGCUGGAGGCCGUCUACAGUGCCGUCAACCUGCGGGAUGAGCAGCAGGGCAAGAGCUUCCGAUGGCGGGACGCCAGCGGCCCCAAGGAGCGCCUGGACAUCUACAAGCCGACGGCGCGCUUCUGCCUGCGCUCCAUGCUCUCCCUCGACAGCACCACCCUGGCUGCCCAGCACUGCUGCUACGACGAGCACACCCGCCUCAUCACCCGCGGCAAGGGGGCCGGCGUCCCCAACCUCAUCAGCACCGAGUUCUCCCCAGAGCUGCACUACAAGGUGGACAUGCUGCCCUGGAUCCUCUGCAAGGGCGACUGGAGCCGCUACCACGCUGUCCGGCCCCCCAACAAUGGGCGACGGUGUGCUGACAACCCCGCCGAGGAGGAAUACCUCUCCCAGCUGCAGGAGGCCAAGGAGUACUAGCCGCAGCCAUGCUCAGAGGAGCCACGGCCACCGCCGGCUCCCAGCCCGGGAAAGUCCUGGCCCUGCUCACGGGCUCCUCGCUGGCGCCGGGCAGAGUGCGGAGAUGCGCCGUCCGUCUCGUCCCCUCAGAGGGGCAUUUCAGCCCCCCUUGGAUUUCCAAGGGUGCUGGAGGUUAUGGUGGUGCGAUCCCUGCCGUGCCACCCAGGGCGGUCCCGCACCCCCAGGGCGCCUGGGCUGGCGCGCAGGGAGCCUCAGGGGAUGGGAGGCGUAAGGGGAACAGGGGGCUGCUCCCAUCUGCUUUUAUUCUCUACAAGUCUUUCAAUGCAACCUGAAAGCUGAGCGCCUGCGAGGUGAAGCGGCCUCAGCUCCUGCUGGCUUCACGCCGCAGCGGAGGAGCUGGCCUGCUGCAGGCAGAGCUGCCCGCUCUUGCCUGUACACCUGCCCUGGCACACACUGGUCUACUUCUGAAAUGAGAGGUGGGUCCUCCUAGGAAGGGACAGGGCUGUCCUGGCCAUGCGUAUGGAGCAGGGCCUCCUCUCUCCUCCAAUUUUUGCAUGCACGGUUUGGAGGGAGCAGGGAGAGGCUGAGCGGGGUUUCAUGGGUCCAGGGGUUGUGGGGGACAGGAGAAGACUGGCCACCUGGGUUCCCUGGGCAAGAUUGGCUUGCCACUGUGUUUUUGGCUGUGAAAGGGAACACUGGGUGCCAAACCCGGACAUGGGUGGACCUCAGAGGAGGUCAGCACGGGGGGGACACCUCCUGUGUGCGUUUCAGUCCCUCUGCCUCAGUGCUUGGGGGAGGUGGGUGGCAGCACUCAUGCAAGUCCCACCAUCAGCCCACCUCCAAGCCUCGGCUCCCCGGCAGACCUCCAGCGGGUUUCAGUGUUCGGGAGCACCCGUGACACGGCUCAGUGGAAAGUUCUGUUUCCCACCCACAGCCCUGCCAGGGGCAGAAGGCAGCUCAGCUACCACUUGUGCCGUUGCUGGAGAGGAGCAAAAAGCACCCAGGCAAGUUCUCCACAGAGAAGGGAACAAGUCAGGAGCUGCUGGGAGCACCCGGCAUUGCCCCUCUCUGGCGUGCUGCUGGCCUCGAGCCCUGCUCCGUGCCGUGUCUGCCCCGGUCCCCGUGAGAGGCACCCCAGAGGAAGCAAGUUGUGGGUGCACCCUGCACUCCUCAGGCUCGCUGUCUGGCCAGGUGAGCAAGUGUGGCUUCAAAGGAGGAAGACACUCACGUGCUAAUAAUGUCAAUACGUGGUGUCUGCAGAUCAUGGUUCGUGAUGCUUUCCCUUGGCACUUGGGUCUUGUCAGGAUUUCAUUCAGCUUUUGACAGGUCCAUAGCAGUUUCUCCCAGCAUAUUUUGAAGGCUCACAAGUUUCCCACAGAGAAACUAGGCUGAGCACCUUUAUCCUUGGACAUUUAGUCACUGAACCUGGCAGAAACUUCAUAGUGUUUAUUUAGCAAAUUUUAUGCAUCAGAGGAAAUAAGACAACAUGUCAAGCACACAUAAAGAAGAAUGGAGGAGUCGUUUCUAGACCAAAGGUUUCACCCAAGGCUGUUGGCUACUCCAUAUUUUUCUGCAGGACACUGUUGGACAAAAAAAAUCCAUCUGGAUGCAGAGGUCCUUGAUUGACUGUCCUGUGCUAGGUCUGUCCCUUGCAGGAGCUUUUUCCAGGGCCAGUGAAUACCCAGAGUCUGGUAGCUCUCUGGGGAGUCUUUCUGUGAAUGUCUUAUAUAUGUUGAGUGUCUGAUGAUCCUUUUGUCUUGGUUAGUGAUAGAAUAUUGCAUCCUCGGUCAUCAGUACUUAAGACUUCAUUGCUGGUAAAACAAAAGUAUUAAUGAAGUUAUCACUGAAUUAUUCUUAUUUAACUAUUAUUCCACACUUGUGUCCCCAGACUCGUUAUGGGUGCUAACAAAACAUAGGCAGACACCGUCCAUUUCCCAGCAGACAUGCAGUCUGAGGUGACCAGUGAUAUGUAAAGGGUAAGAAGGAAGACACAACCAAAUAAGCAUGGAUGGAGACCUAGACCCUGGCAAAUUUUCAUGACCGUUACAUAUUCUCUAAUCCUAACGGUCAUUUGCUCACUGGUUUCUGGUAAAGAGGUAGGUUAUUAAGAGGUGGUCAGGAAGGGGUGGCAGUGAUCUGGUGGCUUGGUUCUGGGAGCCUAGGGUGUGUGCGGGGAGGCUCAGCAACAGACAUGGAGGCAUUUGUAUGGGAAGCAGACAAACUGAGUGGCUGAGGCCAUGGAAGGAUGAGCGUGUUAUCUUCUGUCAUUCAGCAGAGCAUCUUCAUAUUUCCUCUCCCAGUAUCAUAUGCCAUCAUUAACAUCAGAAGACUCUCAGAGGAGCUUAUUUGCCAUUAGUGCAGACUUCUUUAAAACAAUCUCCUGUUAAAUGUGCCCAGUGUCCAGUAUUGGACUCAUGCAGGGAAGCAGGGCCUCUGCAAACAGCCAUUCUUGAAGGAGACUUUCAAUAGCUCAGCCAAUUUGUUUGUUAAACGGACUGCUCUUUGAGGAAGUGCUCUUAUAAUAAAGACUGUUACCCAGGAUUUGCACCUUCCUCCUCUUUAUACUGGCUAUGUCAACCAGUCUAACCCCCAAAAAAGAAACUAUAAUUUAUGUAAUAAAUGGAGUUCCCCUGCAAGAGCAAGUAGAAAAAUUUCUUGCAUUGACCCCCCCUGCUCCCCACCCUGCUAAAAGCUGAUUGAAGGCUGAGUGGCUGUUCUGCCUCGCUGCCUGUAUGGUUUGGACAAUACCAGCACGAACUGGAGCAUGAGAAACAAGAAGCAGUGUUGUUCCUCACACAAGCACCUUACACACCAGGAGGCUUUGCGGGGCACAGUGAGAAAAGUAGACAUUAAGCAAGCAUUUAUUUUUAUAGUCCAUCAAAGAUUCUGUCUGGCACACUGCUAUUUAAGUGAUGAAUCUCUAAGCUUCUACUCCUUAAGUUUAUUGUGGGUUUUAUAUAUAAUAUAUAUAAAAUGUCUUUUAUUCCUACAAAAUUUGAUAGAGAAGAAUUCUUUAUUCUGAUGCUGCAAUAAAGCACUUUAUAUAUGUAUGUGUUGCUGUCAUUCAGCGGGGACUGAAGCACAUGUUGCUCUGUGUUUUGGUUGAGAGGGAUGACACUACGUUGAAUGUGACAUGCCUUGGGCCCCCAGCCCUAGCUGUACUGCAAAGACCCUGGUGGCUUUGCUUCCUUCCUUUAGCAUUUGCAGUUGAUGGUGUCUGGCUGCAAGAAUCACAGCUGACAGAGACUAUCCAGAGCCCACCUCCACAGCCAUGGCAUAUGUGAAGUUCUGCUCACAGGGAAGGAAGUCUCCUAUGAGAAGACCAUCAGGGUCAGUGCUGAGAAGCCAUCGCAUUGCCUGUGCCUCAGCCCGGGGGCCCAGGUUUUAUUCCUUGCUCAAUCUGGCCAGAGUUGGCUGCCAGCUGACCUUACACCAGCACACUGCUUUAAGCAGGUGUUGAGCAUGGAAGUGGGUGAAAAAAAAACCCAGCGUCAUCCCAGCUGGAAAACUGGUUUGGCAAACCACCUCCAGAGCCAACAGCUAAUGAUAACAGGGGGAUGUGCAAAGAUUUCCAGGGAUCACAACUUUUUGUUGCCAUUAAUUUGGCGCAUAAACUAUGACCACUUCCAAGUUCUUGCUAUUUUCAGCCGUUUUCACUCCUCGCUGGCACAUUUUGCUUUGGGCUGGUUUCACAUCUCUCAAGGGUUAUCUGCUACUCCAGCGCGGGGCUCUGCGCUGCAGCUGCCUGGCACCAUUGCUGGCCUCUGCCUGGGAGCAGAGGGCUCCUCGGUGAAGGAUGCUCUGAGCUUUCCCACUGGUCUUCUGCAACAUCAAAAACCUUGUUGCAUGGAGCCCAAGCCAGGGGGAGGAGGCUGAGCUCUGCUCUGCAGGAAAAGCAGCACAGAGAAAAUCACUCUUUCCCUGGGGUGGUAGUCAGCAGUUACUGUAUAUAAUACGCCUAACAUGCAACAAGGACCUUGCUGUGCUGGAUGCUGAGCGCUGCUCUGAAACUCCCAAGCUACAGAAAUCUCACAGCCAGAGGAUGGAAGUAGGAAGAAUUGCUGCCCUAAUUCUGCAGGUGCUCAAGACCUGGAGAUGUCACCUGAAAUCACAGAGCGAGUCUGCGGCAGAGUCUCAAGCUGCACCUUCUGCCUGCUGCUUUGAACACAAGACUGCUUGACAAGUUGAGUUGUCUUAGUUUGCCAGCCUGGACUAGAACUUCGUGUGGCUCAGCCGUACCAGUUCCCUGGCAUCCGACUUGCAGCUGAGUUUGUACACAGAAGAAGCUGCGCCCAGAUUUUGCUAGGCACGAUGGUCAGCAUGUGCUUGUGGCUGCUGACCUCCCCUCCUGGCCCCGGACGAGUCAGGAGCAAACUGUACAAAGACCUUUUGACUGUGAAUGACACCUUGAAGGCACGGGUGCAUGGUCAGCUGCCCAGGGGACAGGCGGGGAGAGUGCAGCCCAUCUCUCAGGGAUGAAGAAGAGAUUUCAUAGAAACAUGUUUACAGGAAUAGAGAUUCCAUUAGCUGUCUGCUUUUUUUUCAGGGCUUCUGCUUCAAGAAUCUACUUCUUGGAAAGCACAAAAAAAGCCCAGCUGAUCCCAGGAGGAACCACUUUGUGAGGAGAAGACAGUGGAUGAUAAUGUCAGGAGAGUCUGGCCAAAGCAGACCUGAACUGCAAGGCCUGGCCUUAGCCUAGGAAAGAUCAAAGUGUGGUUGUGAUGGUUGAGUUAAAACUGAAGCUCUCAAGAGGGAAAAAAACAAAACAAAACAAAACAAAAAAACUUUCAGAGAAACUUUCUGUUCCUGGUCUGUGAAGGGACCCACCCCAUAGUGUGGCCACAUCAGCCCUCUGGGCUGGGUGUGCUAGUGGCACAGCGUGGCAAGCAGCUGCCAACUUCUCUGUAGAAAAGUAAAAUCAAAACCAAAACCAAACAAACUAAGCUGCCGUUUUUUUGGCAGUAGCCCUGAUGACUGCAGUGUGAACACUGGGCGAAUGGGAGCUUGUGGCAAGACCUGAUCUCCUGGGUUUUGCCUUCACUCCGAGUUCGGAGAAUCACGCCCAGCAGGUCCCCAGCACCCGGCAGAGCCCGGCCUCUGCUCCUCUGUCCCUGAUGCCACGUGGAGGGAUGCCGAAAUCGCACUGGGGCAGCCCUGCCCAACGUGUCCAUGGGACAGGAUUUGCUCCCUCCGUUGCCACAGAAGAUGGACCCACACAUUUGCAGCCAGGAAAGGAAUGUCUCACCCCUCCUUCCCUGCCAGGCAGCAGCCAGCUGCCCCUCCGAAAUGCCUGAGGAGCCCAGCUGGCGGGGCCUGGCCCCUGCUUUGUUCCAGGUCCUUGCAAGCAUGUCAGCUAUUCUUCUCUCACUCCGUGGGAGCCUGGCAGUAGGGAUCACAGCCCCACACAGCUUGACCAUCACGCAUGGGCCAGGGGCUGGAGCAGAGCCCAUCCACCAGCCAGCAUCCCCCACCAUGCCAGCCCUGGCCCCAGCCGGGCUUCUCUGUGCGGCGGGAGCUGAGCAGAAGCCAGCAGGGCAGUGCUGAGGUUUCUGAAGAGCCAUGAGAAAGUCAUCCUUCUCCCCCUGCCAUCACAGCUUUCACACAUGGGGAUGUGCCACAGAAGAUGGAUUUGGAUGGGGUCUCGAGAACCUACAGAGCCCCACCAUGGGGAUGUGGGCAAAUCAUUCCUCACUGAUGGGUCCCGCUCUCUCCUGGGCUUCAAGCUCUCCAGUGGUAGAGAUGCCACAGUAACCGUCAGCUUUAUUGUUUUUGCAAGGAGAAAUAUUAUGAUAGCAGCCAAUCUAAAUCCUUCCUGCUUUAUUUUAAGCCCACUGCAUCUUAUCUGCACUGGUCACAGACAGCAUAUUAUUGCCUUAUUUGCUCCUACCUCUCAUGUAUUUCAGAAUUUUAUCAUUGCACUCCCUAUUUCUCACCAUCUUCUCUAGACUAAACAAAUACAAUUCUUUCAGGCUUUCCUUGGAAGCUGUACUCAUAGACCUCCAGUUGGUCUCGUUGAUCACUCCUCCAAGUAAUUCACAUCUUGAAGUGUGGAGCCCAAAACUGAAGCCACAGGGUCUUAGCUGGGGCUUUCUUAAUGCUGUAUGGAAAGAUUUCUUCACAAGCGCUACAAACUCAAGCCUGCCCAGGUAGCUUUUGUUCUCUUCUAUGGUGUUUUAUAUUUAUGUUCAUUUGAAAAUUCACCAUAACUUGCCCAGCUUAAAUGUAUUCUACAGAUGUGCUGCAAAGCCUGUUGCUUCCCCUCUUCUAUAUAUGUCACUCGUGGUUUCUGCCUCAGAGUAAAGCUUUGCAAUUCUGUGACAGCAAAUAUACUUUUUUUUUUUUUUUCUCCUGGAUCACUUUUUUACUUGGUCAAAAUCAUUUUCAAGCCUAAACUUGUCUUCUAAGGGCUUUACAGCACCAGCAAUGAUGUAAAUUAUUUUGGACUUUUAAAUUACCGAUUAUAUUAUCAUCUAUACUGAAACGUACUGAAUUCAUUACAGUUCUAUUAGGCCUUCCCUUGAUAAAUAAAACUAACUAAAUAA